UAUUGACAAUUUGUAAAAAGUCAAAACAUACCUCUCUUCUUUCUGCUCAUAGCCGAUAUUCGAAAGAAAUAAAUAGUUUACAUCUAAAGUUAUUAAUUCUUAGUAGAAUUUGCCUUUGGACAUAAUUAGUGCUUCGUCAUGGCCAACGACAGAGAGGUUCUCCGAGAAAUAUGGGAUGGGAAGCUACCUAUUUGUUUUCAACUGGCCCAAGAAGAAAUUAUGGAAAUCCAACAACCUGAUCCAUUUUAUGUGAUGGUUCCUAGACUGAGCUACUUCCCACUUGUUACUGAUAAGAUGAAAAGGCACUUCUUACGCUACAUAUCUCAAGAAAAUGCUGAUAAUGAAAUGUGGUUGGACUAUAAUGGGCAGCCACUCAAAUGGCAUUAUCCUAUUGGUUUCCUAUAUGAUCUUUUUUGUGGGAAUGACCCACAACUGCCCUGGCUGCUGACUGUGCACUUUACCAAAUUUCCAGAAGAGAUCCUACUUCAUUGCCCUAACAAAGAUGUUGUUGAAGCACACUUUAUGUCUACAGUCAAAGAGGCAGAUGUUCUAAAACAUAGAGGCCAAGUUAUGUCUACUAUGCAGAAAAAGGAUCACAACCAGUUAUGGCUUGGACUGCAAAAUGACAAAUUUGAUCAAUUUUGGGCUAUCAACAGGCGCCUGAUGGAAUCUCAUGGAGAAAAUGAAGGAUUCAAACAUAUUCCUAUAAAGUUAUAUUCUGAUGAUGGCACAUGCAGCCAGCGUCUGGUGUGUCCCAAAAAUAAUGAUGGCAGUCGCAAAACAUUGCUACAGAUGACUACAGAACUGUAUCCAGAAAAAUGUGAUGUUCAAUUGAGAACACAUGGGAUAGUUAUUCCGUCUGACACACCACUACAAUGGCUCUCAGAGCAUCUGAGUUAUCCAGACAAUUUCCUUCACUUGUGUGUGUUUUAAAUCCCUAGUACUUGACACCAAAGUAUAUAAGUUAGAAGUAUUUAAGUAAGAAGAAACAAUAAAACAACUAAAUAAACAAUGCAAUUUAAUGGUAAUCCAUUCAGACAAUGUGGUGUUUAAAUAAUCAAAACAGUAUGAUAAAUGACUAGAUUUGGUUUUGUGAUGUUGUAUAACAAAAUCAACCUUAUCAUUCUAGUCUUAGAGACGAUUGUGGAAUAUUGUGGAAUAAAUCUGUUGAAAGAUUAAUAACAACAAAAAUCUAUUAAACCUUCAUAGACAUAACUGGCUCAGAUACCAAACCUCCUGUGUGUAUUUUACAUUGCACCUUGACAUUGUUUAAAUGUAGGAAAAACCAUUUUAAGUGGAAAAGAAAACAAAAUCAUUUUAACAUAGAGAGAACAUUCCUUAUAAAUUAAGUGCAGGUAUCUUAUCAAUACUAAGUAUUAUUUACAAAAAAAUAUAUUUUAAGCUCAC